AUGGCAACUGACACUUGUUAUACUAUCAUUCACCAGGAUGACAGUUCAGAUCAACCUUCCCUGCAGGAGCUCAAAACGGCUCUCGAAAAGGGUUCUGAGGAGGCCAAAAUUGAGACCAUGAAAAAAAUUUUAGUCACAAUGCUUAAUGGAGAGCCACUUCCACAAAUUUUAAUGCAUGUUAUUCGUUUUGUAAUGCCUUCAAAAAGUAAAAUUUUAAAGAAAUUGCUUCAUUUUUACUGGGAAAUUUGCCCCAAAACAAAUUCUGAUGGAAAAUUAAAACAAGAAAUGAUUUUGGUUUGUAAUUCUUUGAGGAAUGAUUUGCAACAUCCAAACGAAUAUAUAAGAGGUGCAACACUUCGAUUCCUCUGUAAAUUGCGUGAACCAGAAUUAUUAGAGCCCUUGCUGCCAUCUUGUCGAUCAUGUUUGGAACAUCGACAUGCUUAUGUUAGAAAAAAUGCAGUGUUUGCGAUUUAUACAAUAUAUAAGCAUUUUGAAUAUCUCAUUCCUGACGCUCCAGAAUUAAUUCAAAGUUUUUUAGCAGCUGAAGCCGAUCAAACCUGUAAACGUAACGCUUUCGUUAUGCUUUGCAAUACCAAUCAAGCCCGUGCCGUAGAAUACCUUAAUGACGUUUUCGAUCAAGUACCCAAUUUUGAUGAAUUAUUGCAGUUAUCUGUAAUCGAAUUGAUCAGGAAGGAUUGCAGAAACAACAGCACCAACAGGGGAAAAUAUAUCAGGUGUAUCUUUGACUUGUUGAAUGCGGCGUCUCAUUCCGUCAAGUACGAGGCCGCGACUUCAUUAAUGGCAUUGACCCAUGCACCCGCCGCUGUUAAAGCUGCCGCUUCUUGUUAUAUCGAACUUAUUAUCAAAGAGUCAGAUAAUAAUGUUAAACUAAUUGUUUUGGAUCGCUUGGAUGAAUUACGUGAAAAGCACGAUCAAACCUUGGACGAUUUAGUAUUGGAUAUUCUUCGUGUCUUAACUAGCCCGGACAUUGAAGUUAGACGCAAAGCAUUACGUAUUGCUUUAGAAUUAGUUACAAGUAGAAACGUUCAAGAGGUUGUGGUGUUCUUGAAAAAAGAACUCAGUAAGACUCUUGAUCAAGAUUAUGAAAAGAAUAACGAAUACAGGCAACUAUUGAUCCAGUCAAUUCACGGCUGCGCUAUUAAAUUUUCUGAAGUUGCAGCAAAUGUAGUUCAUGUGCUUAUGGAAUUCUUAGGAGACUCUAGUAAUCCAGCAGCCGUAGACGUCAUCGCUGAGGUAGUUGAAAAAUUUCCGAAUUUGCGAUCAUCCAUUACAGAAAAAUUGCUUGAAACUUUCAUGGAUGUUAAAUCGGGCAAAGUGUUUAGAGGUGCUCUUUGGAUCGUUGGGGAAUAUUGUUCUACCUGUAAAGAUAUUGAAGAGGCGUGGAAACAAAUCAGAGCUGGACUUGGAGAAAUACCAAUAUUAGCUUCUGAACAGCGAUUGCUUGAAGAAGCAGAAAAGGAAAAUAAAGUUGAAGAACUUAAUCCGGAAAAUAAAACAACUAUCACUUCUUCGUCGCGACGCGUUCUUGCCGAUGGCACUUAUGCCACCGAGACUGCUUUUUCGUCAAAUUCAUCAACUCUUGCGAAGCUUGAGGCAAUUAAGGCGGCCGUUAAGCCUCCACUUAGAUCAUUAUUAUUAAGUGGAGAUUUCUAUCUUGGUUCUGUCCUUGCAUCUACACUAACUAAAUUGGUCCUACGUUAUGCUGGAGUUUCGACUGAUCCCAAAAAAACUAAUGCAUUACGUGCAGAGGCAAUGCUUAUAAUGACUAGCGUAAUUCGUGUUGGUCAAUCCCAAUUUGCUUCAAAUCCAAUUGAUGAAGAUUCUUACGAUAGGAUAAUGUCAUGUCUUCAUAUUUUGGAACAAUUUUCAACUGAUAACUUUAUAAAAAAUGUGUUUUUACACGAUACCAGGGUAGCUUUCGCAAGAAUUGUUGAAGCUGAAGAGAAACGCACAGCAGCUAAAAAAGCUAAAGACAAGUCGGCUGUAGCAGUUCAAGUUGAUGAUCUUAUUACAUUUAGGCAAUUCUCAAAACGAAAUAUGGGUGAUGAGGCAGAUGAGUAUGAAUUAGAUCUGACUCGUGCGACUGGUCAAUCCGAUUCACGUGAUGAUUUAAUUUCGAAACUUAGUCGCGUAAUCCAACUUACCGGAUUUUCCGAUCCCGUAUAUGCAGAAGCCUAUGUUAACGUUCAUCAAUAUGAUAUUCUCUUGGAUGUAUUAAUUGUUAAUCAAACAAGCGAAACACUCCAGAACUUAUCAAUAGAAUUCGCCACUUUGGGCGAUUUAAAAUUGGUUGAGAGACCUACACAUCAUAAUCUUGCACCUCACAGUUUUCAUAGUGUGAAAGCCACAAUUAAAGUUUCAUCCACGGAAACAGGUGUAAUUUUUGGUAACAUUGUUUAUGAUGGACCUGGAACUUCGGAGAGUAAUUGCGUGGUACUUAAUGAUAUCCAUAUUGAUAUUAUGGAUUAUAUAAAUCCAGCAUACUGUAAUGAAACUCAGUUCCGUAGUAUGUGGACAGAAUUUGAAUGGGAGAAUAAAGUUAAUGUUAAUACUAAUAUCACAGAUCUAAGAGAAUAUCUUGGACAUAUUAUGAAAUCGACAAAUAUGAGUUGUUUAACCCCAGAAGCUGCAUUAUCGGGAGAUUGCGGUUUUCUCUCUGCUAACAUGUAUGCAAGGAGUAUUUUUGGCGAAGAUGCUUUAGCUAAUCUUAGUAUCGAAAAACAAGCUGAUGGAACCAUUACCGGUCACGUUAGAAUUCGAAGUAAGACACAGGGUAUUGCGCUAAGUCUUGGUGAUAAAAUCACAUUAG